AUGGGAGAAAGAAUUAUUUCCCAUCCAGACUUCCUUCUAUACCAUAUAGGAACGACCCCAGGUCAGUAUGGAGUUGGUUUUAUUAUAAAAAAAUACCUCACAAACUAUGUUGAGAGCUUUAUAGGAGUAUCAGAACGCAUAGCACUGAUGAAUCUUAAGCUACCUGGGUACAAAGAUCCAUGGACUAUCAUACAAGUAUACUCACCCACGGAACAAUCCGAUACAGUAUCAAUAGAGUCAUUCUACCUAGACCUAAAUAAAACAAUCCAAGACUAUGCUUACAAAAACCUUGUUGUGAUAGGAGACUUCAAUGGCCAAAUUGGAGAACGACAACCAGAAGAAGACACAGUCUUGGGACCAUUUGUGUAUGGAAAAAAGGCCAGAAGCAGAAACGGAGAAAGACUUGUAAACUUUGCACAGGAGAAUGGCUUGAGAAUCUUAAACACAGUGUUCAAGAAGAAAGAAAGUAAGAUGUGGACCUGGUCAUCACCAGACGGGAAAACAAAAAAACCAAAUAGAUUUUAUAAUGUCUAA